CACCUACUUACGGGGAAACACCUAUCCUCCCAAAACGCCGUCCAAUGCCAGCCGGUGAAAUCAUGGACGGCUCGAACAAUCUCAACCGACGCGGCAGAUGUUCCAUUCCGAGGACCAACAUGAUGUUAUCUGCUCCCGGUACUCGCAAGCGCGUCAACCCCGACAGUCUGGCAGCGCGGCUUGGUCCAGAACUGGUGAAAGAGCUCGAAGCUUUGCUCGAGCCUGGAAUGACAGAGAUGCCUCCCUUCUCGGUCCGUCAAGCGAUUCAAAAGCGAUACAACAUCGACCGACGACAUGUCUACGAUUGGUUUCAUAGCAAGGGGCUUCGGGUGACCAAGGACCGUUCCCUGGAGGAUGAGAGCAGGACGAGUUCCCUGGAGCCUCAAGUAACGAAUCAUAGCGUAUAUGAUGAUUUUUAGCAGCUGACUAGUGAUUUCAGAGGACCGUGUAUCGUUGCCUCACCCCUGCUUCUACUCCGUCCAUGUCAUCUUGCGGUACCAGCUAUGGAGAUACAAGCAGCGACGUCUCGACUCCGAAUAUGCUCUUGACUCCCGUCAGCAGUGUGGACGCUCACGAUGUAUUUGCCACUGGAGCUGGUUCCUACCAAGCCGAAGCUAAGUCUGCUGAACAUCGACUAUAUGCGCCUUCUUUUCACCGCA